CGUUCUCUCUCUCCUUCCUCCUCCCUCCCUCCCCCGCUCCCUCCCCGCACUCCCCGGCUCCGGCCGCGCGCUGGCUGGGCUCCGCAUUGCACACUCUGGGGGCGCCGCAGUGUUCGUGGGAUGGGGCAGCGGGCUGCGGUUGGCUGCCGGAAUCCGCGAGCAGCCCGGAUUCCUUGUACCAGGGUUACCUGGGUGAUUAGCUAUGAUGUCUGAUUCAUUUGAAUGUAACAAGUAAUCCAUUGGAAUAAAACCGGCAGUUGAGUAACUCAUGCAAAGGUGCGAGUUCCCUCCCGUGGUCCCAAGUUCUGGCUCCCGGGCCCCCUGUAUGAGUGACGCCUCGGUCUGCCAUGGAACCUGGCCCUGCCCUGGCCUGGCUGCUGCUCCUGAGCCUGCUGGCUGAUUGUCUGAAAGCUGCUCAGUCUCGAGACUUCACAGUAAAAGACAUUGUGUACCUCCAUCCUUCAACCACACCAUAUCCUGGUGGAUUUAAGUGUUUCACCUGUGAAAAGGCAGCGGACAAUUAUGAGUGCAACCGAUGGGCUCCAGACAUUUACUGUCCUCGAGAGACCAGAUACUGCUACACUCAGCAUACAAUGGAAGUCACAGGAAAUAGCAUCUCUGUCACCAAACGCUGCGUUCCGCUGGAAGAGUGCUUGUCCACCGGCUGCAGAGAUUCUGAACAUGAAGGCCACAAGGUCUGCACUUCCUGUUGUGAAGGAAAUAUCUGUAACUUGCCACUCCCCCGAAAUGAAACUGAUGCCACAUUUGCCACAACGUCACCCAUAAAUCAGACAAAUGGGCACCCACACUGCAUGUCAGUGAUAGUGUCCUGCUUGUGGGUGUGGUUGGGACUCACGUUAUAGCAGCUCCAAGGUGCCAUGUAUAGUAGCAAUCCUUGGGGAUCUCCAUGGUCCAUGAUCAUGCAUGAGUUGUUGGCUUGACAAUAAUUACACAUGUGAAACCAUGACACUCACAGAUGUCUUCACAGCCAAGCAUUUCUACUUACCGUGAGGAAUAAGCAUUGCUUCAGUGUAGUCAUUUCAAGUCCAAGACCUCAUCAUAGCCAGCCUGCCCCCAAAACAGACCCUGAGUUAUAUACCGCAAACCUUUCUUUUCACUUCAGGAAAUAGUUCUGCAUUUAUUGAGAUCUGAGGUUCUUAAUUUGGAAUACAUGCAUGAGUCAUAGGAGGUCCUGGGACCCUCUGAGAUGUUAGAGAAUACGUUAAAUGAAUAUGCAUAGAUGUGUGUUCUUCAGGAGAAAGGUAAGGGACCACUGGUUUAAAUAUAAUCAUGAAUUUAUUUAUAGCUUUAGAAUUUUAAAACUUUGAUUCCGAAAUGAAUGGACUAUUUCCUUGAAGAUUCUGACUGAGUUCCUGGAAAAGUUGUCAGCAGUUGUCCAAUUUAAUUUUCCCCACAUUCUUCUCCCAGUGGUGGGAAUACUAUUCCCUCUGCUCUGUGCAGGAAAUAAAACACAAUCAUAAGUUUGUUGCAUAGGGGGAGGGGUAGCUGGAGAAGGGUCUUUCCCAACUUAAUAGAACUAGCAUCCAUAAAGUAGCUGUGGUUGCUUUCAUUGUAAUUGGCAAGAUUGGUCUUGAUUUGGUCCCUCAUUGUGCCCCAUGAGAUCCUGAAUUCUACCUGGGCCAAAGGGUAUCCAAAGAGUCCCAAAACAGGAUGGAGUUUUCUCCACUUGGGGAUCUAUUCAGGCAUAGUUAAACUAGACAGAGAGAGGAUUUCAGAAUGAAAGGAAAGAGAUGUGUGGUGGUUGACCCGAGUUCACUGAGGGCCCUGUCAGUGGCUUAGCCAGAUCUCCCAUCUGCACUUCAUACUGCCAGAGAGCGCUCCCAAGUUUUUCCUCUUUCAAAUCCCCAGGGACUUUAGGGAGAAGUUUCUGCAUCACACUAUCUCAAGACUGAUAGGGAAAGAAGACAUAAUGUCCUAGGAGGAGAAGUAGGUGGGCCAGCUGGGUGAUGGUGAGACUAGUAAGCAGACCCAGUGGGAAUUUUUCUUUCUUUUAGGUGAUUGCUUUUGAAGCAGAUGGCACAAAUUUUGCCAUCCUUCCUGUAUUUUUGGCCUGAGUUACAACUUGUUCUUCUUCCUUGUAAAUCAUUUAUACAAUAUUUAUUUUUGUAUGGCAUAACUAGAAACUUACAUAUAUUGUAAAAUAUUCUUUAUUCUGAACCAAAUGACCAAAUUAGAAUACUUAUUUUUCAACAGUGGUAGAGCUUGUAAUAUAUGUUUGUUCGAAGUUAUCUAUGAUACUUGCACCAGUGUUGAAAAAAAUUAACUUAUGUUUGAGCAAGAGGAAUGUGUUGGCCUCAAAGGUUUUUGCUCAUGGUUUCCUCAGUGGUGUUGUCCAGAAGUGUUCGGGGGGGACCAUCACUGGUAUAAGUUCCUCUGCAGGGUUAUGGGGCAUAUUUGCAUGAAAUUUGGUGGAGCCAUUGCGGAUAAAGAGGAGAGCGUUGUCAGGGUCCAUCUGCCCUGCACAGGAAAAUGUCUGUGGCUCAUUAAAUGAGACCCCGUCAGGGAUUACCAAAUACGAACGGACAGUGGUAACUCUGAUAUGAAAUAAACUAAAUUGCAUCAAAUGGCCUUAAAUCAGAGUUUGGUAGGCUUAUCAAUACGUUGCUUAUAAUUGGGGUGAGGGAAGUAGAGGGAGAGAAAACAAGACAUUUACUACGUACCUCUUACGUGGCAGGCACUAUGCUAAGCACUUUAUAUGUGUAUAUACAUACACAUACACAUGUUAAGUCAUAAAAAACCUGCAGACACCCUCUAGGGGAAAUUGCUAGUAUUUUCACUUUACAAAUGAAGGUACUAAGGCUCUAAGAAGCUCAAUAACAGGAAGCCUUUUCCUCCCAAUUGAGGUUAUAUAGGUUGAGGUGGGAUUGAAGAGGGAAGGGAAGAUGGAAUUACCACUCCUAGGAAAACUUCCACACCUGACCAUGCGAAUCUGUCCGUCUGAUCACAUGGAGUUUGUCCAGUCCAGCCUCUGCAGGAUGCCAUUUGUGUGUGUCCCCUAGAUGGUGUUUUUUCUUCAAGGGGUGGAGGGUACAGCUUCCUAGUUCAUUCCUCUUGCUGGAGGUGGCAGGUUAACUGCUAUAAAUGCUCUAGGACAGUGAGCAUUUGAUGUUGUACAUAUCUACAAGUACCAUUUUUGUGCAUGGCCACUCUCCACCGAUACCUGCCAAGUACUGCAUGCAAACUGAGUAAGAGACAAAGUUCAAAUGUUGGUUCUUAACGAGAAAGCGACCACUCCAAAGCCUCCCUGUCUGGGGUGCAGGGACCAAGUCUACAGUGAUGCGAACUCAUCUGGCACCCGGGGGAAUCACUACAAACUCUACGCAGGUGUGACCCCGUGCACCUCGCGUGCCUAUCAGAACGGCUGGUGUUUCAUUCUCUUGAAAGAAAGUGGUUUGCUCGCCAUCCCCAGCCUGAAGGAGCGAAGGAAGGGCCAUUCAUGUGGAAGGCCCAGGACUGGUCAUCCAUGUAAUUCUUCUACCACAUUAAACUUUCCGUUAAAUCCCACGGUGAUGGCUUGAAGUGCAAACAGCCAUGAUGUGUACGUUAACCUAUGUGCCAUUUAUUUAUUUUCAGACUCCCCAUAGCUGUCAUGUCAAUAUGGGAUUAAUGCCUAAAUUUUGUAAAUAUUGUACAUUUUGUAAAUCAAUGAAUAAAGGUUUUAAGCG